CGCUAGAGUUGAGAGCAUGGGUUUCUCAGAAGCCGUGCAGUGGUGGGACGAGUGGCAGCUGCGACUCCUCGUCCUUGCCAGCCUCCUUCUCCAGUACUUCCUUUUCGUCGCCGCGCUCCUGCGCAAGCGUCGCAUCCCGCCAUGGCUGAGAUCCGUAACCUGGCUGGCCUACCAAGGCGGCGACGCCGUAGCCAUAUAUGCCCUUGCCAUCCUCUUCAACCGCCACGAGGAGGAGGAGCUGCUCACGCACCCCGGCAGCGCGCACCUGGACACGCUCUGGGCGCCCAUACUCCUGCUGCACCUCGGCGGGCAGGACGGCAUAACAGCCUACAGCAUAGAGGACAACGAGCUGUGGGGACGGCAUUUUUUAAUCGCGGUGUCUCAGAUCACCGUAGCCAUCUACGUGUUCCGCAAGUCGUGGUGGUCCGGGGACGACAUAUUGCUGCGAGCAGCGAUCUUGCUCUUCGUCCCCGGGAUCCUCAAGUGCCUGGAGAAGCCAUGGGCUCUCAAGCACGCUAGCAUCAGCAGCAUCGCGGAGUCUUCCGGUUCAUCGCUGGAGAAAACCCUUCGCGACGACGGCACUGUGUGCAAGAACGUCGAUUCGCUCGAUCAAUUCGUGCAAGCUGCAGCUGCGUACGUUCGGGGGGAGAGCCAUAGCCAGACGCUUCCCGGACAGUCCGGCCACAGAGUGAAGCAUGAGCCCUACCAUUUCUUCGUCGACCUCAACUACCCGUACUCCAUUCGCCUCAGCAACCUAAUGUACAUGUCAAAAAGUAAACGGAGAGACGACGGCAGAGCGCACGACCGGGUGCACGCCGCCCUCUCCAAGGCGUUCGACCGUCUCUACACCAAGCACAAGGCGAGCUUCGGCGGCCUGCUGCGCGCCGCCGUCGUGUUCCUGACGUUCGUGGGCAUCGGGCUCUUCCAGAAGAGCCACAGGGGGGCGUACGACGGCGCCGACGUCACGGUCACCUACAUCCUGCUGUGCUGCACCGCCGUCCUGGAGUUCAUCUCGGCCUGCUUCGUCCUGGGAUCGGGGCUGCCAUUGCCUGACGACCAGGUUGCGCAGUACAACCUCAUCGGGUACCUGGCCCGCAACGACAAGCACCGGUGGCUCAUGGAGCUCGCGCGCCGGUUGAGGUGCAGGGAUUACCUCGACCGGCUCUGGUGCACGGCGCCCUGCGAGCCUUCCCGCGGCAUCACCCAGCGCGUCCACGACCACGUCGCCGGCGGGUGGAAGGACAAGAACUAUUAUGUACAUGACGCGGACACUCAACCUCAAAUUGCGCGGACAAUUACUUACCGGUGGUUCAACGACUGCCGCGGCCAGUGGACUGUCAAGAAGGAGCUGAGCGGCGACAAUAACAAGACACUCAACCUCAAGCAGAGCCUGCGGAGGCCGUUCGACGAGAGCGUCCUCCUCUGGCACCUCGCCACGGAUUUCUGCUACUUCGACCACGUGGAUACAGGCAGCGAAGCCACCCGCCGCAGCAGGGUGAUGUCCAACUACAUGGCGUACCUGCUGUUCGUCAAGCCGGAGAUGCUGAUGCCCGGCACCAGGCGCAGACUCUUCAAGGCCGCCUCCUAUGAGCUCAAAAAAUUGUUGUUCAAUCCGCCGCAGGAUGGAAAGGAGCAGGCGGAAAAGAAGACGACGGGAGAGAAGAAGACGGAAAAGAAGGCGCCGCUCGGGAGCAAGGAAGAGCUGGCGCGGAAGAUAAUCCAGAAGGUGAAGAGCACCAAGGAUAGCACCAAGGGUUCAGGUGGUCUUGUUCGCGAAGCUUGGGUGCUCGCCCAAGAGCUCAUGAGCAUAGACGACGCGAAGAAGGAGAAGACGUGGAGAGUGAUCGAGGGCGUGUGGGUGGAGAUGCUCUGCUUCUCUGCCGCCAGGUGCAGGGGGUACCUGCACGCCAAGAGCUUGGGCAAAGGCGGCGAGUACCUCUCCUACGUCUGGCUCCUCCUGUCAUACAUGGGCAUGGAGACCUUGGCGGAGAGGAUGCAGAGAACGGAGCUGCCCGCGGAAGGAGACACGGGUGCUGCCGUGAUGACAGAAGAUCCAACAUCCACUACGGCGGUGGAAUCCACCGGUGAUUGCGUUUGACGGUCACAUGAUGCGCUGGGCAGACGAGAGAUUUUCGUCCCGCCGCUUUGUUUCCCUUUUCCUGCACAUCAUUUGUUUCAGCGUGUUUCUUUCACGAAUUUAUGUUGGUGCUGUUCGUCCUUCUGCCAUUUCACUUGUUCUG